AUGGCAGACGAAGCUCGAAAACAAAUAGAAACUAUCAAAAACUUGACUGACUCGAUAGCCUCACAAGGGUUCAAUAGCAAAUUUUUGAGUCAGAAUGCAAAGAAGUACAAGUCAGAUUGCGUGUCCUUUGCCAAUAGAUUGCAAAAUAUAGGCGUAAAGGGAAAAGAGUUUGUCAAAAAAUUAGAGUCUGAAGAACUGGAGGUAGCAAUGAUUAGAUAUAACUUGUCAAAUGCGAUAGAAGCUCUAAAAAAUUUUCAAGGUUUAUCCUCUAAUAUUAACAUGUUUAUCCUCCAACAACAAUCGCCAUUAACGCUAAAUCGCCCGAAUCUUGCAGAAGAUUUUCGAAUUCAACGACUUUUAGUCGAUUAUAAUAGUCGUUUAGACGACUCGAUUGAAUGUCUCUCAGUAGCUUUUCACGCAAUGCAAAUACAGAAACCCUUAUCGAUUGAAGAACAAGAGAAAUUGUUAAGAGGAUUAAAAGUUGAUAUUGAGAAAGAAUUGGCCGUUCUUGAAGAAAUCAAAAAUCAAAAAAAUGAUAAUAAUCGAACAAAAUGGUUAGAAUUAGCGAUAGAGCACAAUCAUUUACGGUCUAUUCCUUAUGAUCAAAUUGUUGUUGAUAAAUUUUUGAAGUGUGGUGGAAAUUUAUUAAUUGAGAAAUCUGUAAUUAGAUUCGGAAUAGUAUAUAAAGCAUUAUGGGAUGACACACCGAUCGUUUUAAAGCAGCUUUUUAAUCAAACUGAUUUUGUCGAAGAAAUUCGUCUUCAUAAACGUGUACACGAUGGCGAUUAUAUUGUGAAAUUACAUGGGAUAACCAGAGAUACAGAUGGGAAUUUGGGAAUGAUUAUGAAAUACACCGCUCAUGGUGAUCUUCGUGAUUAUUUGAAGAUGCAUGGGAGCUCAUUAUCAUGGCAUCAGAAAAUUGUCUUGGCUAAACAAAUCACUAUAGGUUUAUCGUUUAUUCACCGAGAGAAAAUUAUGCAUCGGGAUUUUCAUAGCGGAAAUAUUCUAAUCGAUGAAAAUGGCGGACCAAUGAUAACUGACUUUGGUCUGUCACGAUUGGAAGAUAUCAAAAAACGGUCCUCUGCUACUUCUCAAGUUUUCGGUCUCAUGGCCUAUACCGCUCCAGAACGAUUAGAAAACUCCAAAUAUCCUUUCGACGAGCGAUGUGAUAUCUACUCACUCGGCGUGAUAUUCUGGGAGAUUUCAGCGAACCGAAGACCGUUCAAUGGGCAGAACGAUAUUUCUCUCGCGUUGCAUUUAAUGAAGGGAAAACGCGAAAAAUUUACCGAAUCUACACCGCCAAAAUUCGCUGAAUUGGCAAUAAGUUGUUGGGCCGAAGACCCAGAGAAGAGGCCUUCCUUGAGCCAGAUAAAGCAAACGCUAAAUGAAAUUUUGGAUGAUUUACCAAAAUCCGAGAAUAAUAAUGAUAAUUUAAAUAAUGCCGAGGAUCUGGACAAAGAUGAUCCUUUGGAAGAUACAGAUCAAGUUGAUUAUGACGAAUAUUUUUCUGCCGACUUAGAUCCGUCAAAUUAUAUCACUGCGUUAAACAAUAUUCCCGAAAACAAAACCAUUAAAGAAAAUUCAAGCGAUAAUAGUGUUGUUAUAUUGAAAGAAAAGAAAUCAAAGGAUGAAAUUCAGUCAUUAAAAGAGAUUUCCACAAAGAAUAAUGAGCAGAAAAGCAAAAAAUCUAAAGAUUUUGCAAAAAGAAAAACUGAAAUAAGUAUUGAUAAUAGUGACGAUGAUUCGCAGAAUAUUGUUGAAAAACCUAAAAAGAAAAGAAAAAUUGAGAAUGGAUCGCGUUCAGAAGCUUCUAUUUCUCAAGAUAUUGUCGUGAUCGAAUCGAUUAAUGAUGAAAAAGAAACAGAAGAAGCUGAGGUUCCCGAAAAUUUGCGAUUCUCUUCUUAUCGACUAUCUCAGACUACCAUUGAAUCUCUUAAGAAGCGUGGGGUGACUGCCUUGUUUCCCAUUCAAGCAGCGACAUUUGAUUAUAUAUUUGAUGGAAAAGAUGUUUUGGCCAGAGCAAAGACAGGAACAGGCAAAACUUUGGCAUUUGCACUCCCAAUCACCGAGCGACUCAUAAAUAGUUCAGAUUUUGUGCAAGUACGAAAUCGUAGAGGCCGUGCACCUCAAGUAGUUGUAAUGACACCAACACGUGAUCUGGCUAAACAAGUUGCCACAGAGUUUGGAUCAAUCGCAUCCUCUCUGACUGUUUCGUGUAUAUAUGGAGGUGUGCCAUAUGCAGAUCAGUAUCGUGAAUUACGAGAUGGAAUUGAUGUGCUCGUUGGGACUCCAGGCCGAGUAAUGGAUCAUAUUGAUCGUGGUAAUCUGAAUUUGGCUGAUAUAAAGUUUAUUUGUUUGGAUGAGGCAGAUCAAAUGCUCGAUAUUGGUUUCGCGGAAGCUAUGGAAAAAGUGUUGCAACAUGUCAAAGAACAUAAAGAAAAUAAAGGCAAAGAUGAUGAUUAUCAGACUAUGUUGUUCUCUGCCACUGUGCCUGAUUGGGUGAAAGAAACCGUAAAGAAAUAUUUAAAAGAGGAUUAUCUUAAUAUUGACCUGAUUGGAAAAAUGGAUAACAAGACUAAUGAAAAUAUUUGUCAUUAUGCUAUACGUUCUGCUUGGCAUUCCAGAAAGGACAUUAUCGGAGAUGUAGUCGCAACUUAUGGUGGUUCUGGAUCUUGUGUAAUCUUUUGCAAUACAAAAAAUGAUGCGAAUGAACUUGUACUUAACGAUAAAUUAAAACAAGAUGCCCAAGUACUACAUGGAGAUAUAGCACAAUCACAACGUGAAAUCACAAUGAAAGGAUUUAGAGAAGGCAAAUUUAAAUGUAUCAUUUGUACCGAUGUACUUGCUAGAGGAAUUGAUAUUCCCCAAGUCGAUUUAGUAAUCAACUGUGAACCACCAAAGGAUGUGGAAUCUUAUGUUCACCGUUCGGGAAGAACUGGUCGAGCUGGACGUCCUGGAACAGCAGUCACAUUUUUCAAAUCUCAAGAAGAAUAUCUAAUAAACAAUAUUCAACGAAGAAGCAGAAUUCAAUUUUCUAUCGUUGGCCCUCCACAACCAGCUGAUAUAGUUGCUGCAACAGCUCAGGAUGCAGUUCAAAACGUGGAAUCGGUAAACCCGAGUAUAUUGCCAUAUUUCCAUGCUACUGCACAAUUACUGAUCGAUAAUAAGGGUGCUGUUGAAGCAUUAAGUGCAGCAUUAGCUUACAUGACCGGAUAUAGCAGUGGAAUUAAGACAAGAUCUUUAUUAUCGGGUAAUGAGGGUUGCAACACGUUGUUAUUUCGUUUCAGUUAUCCAGUCCGACAUGUUAGCUACGCAAGAAAUAUUCUAGAAAGGAGCUUUCCUAAUCUGAAAUCUGAUGACGUAAAAAUGAUGAGAUUGACUAAAGACGGAUUAGGAAUUGCGAUAGAUGUUUCAUCUGAAAAAGUGGAAAUAGGAAUUGGAGAAGGCGAUGACUUAAUAUUAGCAGGUACAAAAUGGCAGAAUACAAGUAGUACAACUUUGGAAGUGUGUGUAAGUCUAAAAGACUAUAAAACUGUAAAGGUUGCGUUAACAAAAUUCUACGGUAUCGGAAUGAAUGUUUCCGCCAAAGUAUGUGCACAACUAAGCAUCCACGACAAAUGUAAAAUGCAAGAAUUGUCCGAAAACCAACUUAACCAACUUUCUGCAGUAUUGUCUGAUAUGAUAUUAGGCGCGGACUUGAAACGACAAAUAAAGAGUAAUAUUAUGCAUCAUCGACAAAUUGGGUCGUAUAAGGGUAAACGACAUGCUAUGAGUUAUCCGGUUCGUGGACAACGUACACAGACUAAUGCCAAGACGGCAAAACGGUUGAAUGCUAGAUUUAUUAAUGCAAAAUGA